GACAGAGAAGUCAGCUACGGUUUUCACUGUGAUUCCGACUUCAGAUUUUCUUCCCUCUGCAAUCUUUCCGCCUGCGACGGCCGGCGGCCGGAAGUUGCACGUGCCGGUUCCAAAAAAAAAAAAAAAAAAAAAAAAGAGAGUAGAGGAACGGGUAAACAGUAGCUUGAAGAUGAAGAUUUUUGUGAAGACUUUGAAAGGCACUCACUUUGAGAUCGAAGUGAAACCGGAAGACACCGUUGCGGAUGUGAAGAAAAACAUAGAAUCAGUUCAGGGACAAGAUUUCUACCCCGCUGCACAACAGAUGCUUAUUCAUCAGGGUAAAGUUCUAAAGGACACUGCAACGCUUGAGGAAAACAAAGUUGCUGAAAAUAGUUUCGUGGUCAUUAUGCUUUCCAAGAAUAAGGCCUCAUCAACUGGAACCUCGUCUUCUCGAGCAGCUCCUUCAGAUACGGCACAACCAGCUAGUUCCACUGGGCAAGCCCAAGCUAGACAGACAAUAACAGCACCUCAAGCUCCCGCUGCAAGUGCUGCACCUCCACAAUCUACUUCUGAGUCUGCUACUGCUCCUGCCCCUGUGCCUGGUGAUGCUAGUACUGUAACAGAUGUGUAUGACCUAGCAGCGUCAAACCUUGUUGCUGGAAGUAACUUGGAGGCCACAGUUCAACAAAUUCUUGAUAUGGGUGGUGGAAGUUGGGAUAGGGAUACAGUUGUGCGUGCUUUACGUGCAGCAUAUAACAAUCCGGAGAGAGCUGUUGACUACUUGUAUUCUGUGAGUCUGCAGCUAAUUUUGCUUUUGAGAUCCUUGUCCAUGUUCAUUCUCUUGCACCUCAUUCCUGGUUGGACUUUCUAUGUGGUAAAUUCAAACUUACGUGGUAGUUGGUUGUGCAGGAGUAUCUGUGUAUCAUGUAGUACAGUGUUGAUUUUCUUCUCCUUCUGCAUGAUCACCUUCCUUCUCUCUCUAUGUUAUCCUUCUCUUUCCCUGGUUUGUCUUCCACGAUGAUAUUUUUCUUCUGCAAUUUCUCACUUAAUUGGUUAAAAUGAUGAAUCUAGUUGUCUGGUUAAUGUGAGAGAUGCGGAUUAAUUCACCUUCUUGACCUUGGAGAGAACCUUCCCUCCCUUUUCUUCAUUUUGUGCAUUUGUUUUUUGAUUAAUGAGUUAUCCCCUCUUUCAAUUUUUUUAACGGUGUUUGACUGGGCAUGGAGUUUAUAAUACUCAUUUUGACUUGUGUGGUAUAUUAGUCGUAGUGGAUGAAACCAAUAGAGUGUUAGGUAAACUAUUGCGAAAAAUAACAAAAGCUCAUAUCAAAUUGAUUUGAAUUCAUGGAAGUUGUGAAAGAUGGAUAGAAAUGGAAAAGCAUCAAAACAUUUCGGAACAUCCUAAAAUGAAGAGAGAGAUAAAUUGAAAUUACAGGGAGUAGCUUUUAUUGACAAAAGAGGCUUUUAUUGAAAGCCCCGAUUUACAAGUUGUAUACAAGAGAGAGUUCACUAUACAAAAACAGCUUCUAAAAUCCUAUCCAAUCAUCUAUAUAAACAUGGGGUUUGCUGUGUACUCCAAACAUACACAAAAAUAACAUAAUGUUCUUACUGUGUAGCAUUGAGUUUUUCCAACUCCUCAAAUUUCUGUUGCAUUUCUUUCUAGGUCAUCCAAAACAUGCACUCUCUCACGUUGUGUAUUGCAUUGCCUUUCUAGUUUAUUCAUUUCUAGGGUUUAGAGCCCGUUAAGAUUAGCUUGAAAAAUGUAGCUUUUAAGUGUUGUAGCUUGUUUUAUAAAUAAGCAGUUACCUAUUUGGAUAAAAGUGCUGAAACUUAAAAAAAGCUGUUGAAGUGUUUGGUAAACAAGUGCUGGUAAGCACUUUUUCCUGUUAAAAAGACAGAAAUAUCCUUAAA